AUGGGCGGAGGGCAGGCGAUAGGGAUCGAUUUGGGGACUAAUUACUCGUGUGUGGCAGUGUGGAAGCACGACGGCGGCGUUAAGAUUAUAGGCAACCCUGUCACGGACGCUGUCGUCACCGUGCCUGCUUCUUUCAAUGACUCCCAACGCCAGGCCACCAAGGAGGCCGGAACCAUUGCUGGCCUCAACAUUAUCGGGAUCCUCAAUGAGCCUGCUGCCGCAGCCAUUGCAUAUGGUUUUGAUCAUAGGGCUACUACCAAGAAUGUGCUGAUUUUCGACUUUGGUGGUGGCACGUGCAAUGUGUAUGUGGCCACGACUAGGAGAAAUGGCAUUGAAGUGAAGGCUGUUGCCGGGGAUACUCAUCUUGGAGGGCAGGACAUUGACAACAGGAUGGUGGAUUACUUUGUGAAGGAGUUUAAAAGCAAGACGGGUAAGGAUAUUAGGGUGGACGCAAGAGCGGUUAGGAGAUUGAAGAGUGCUUGCGAAAGAGCCAAGAUUGCCCUUUCCUCUGCCUUAGAAACGCCAAUUGAGAUUGAGAAAUUGUUUGACGGGAUUGAUUUGUUUUCGAUCAUGACUCGUGCUAAGUUUGAGGAACUCGUCAUGGAUUUAUUGGUCAAGUGUAUGGAUGUGGUGGAGAAAUGCUUGAGUGAUGCGAAGGUGGAUAAGAGUAGUGUGGAUGAGGUGGUGCUGUUGGGCGGGUCAAGUAGGAUUCACAAGGUGCAACAGAUGUUGAAGGAGUUUUUCGACGGAAAAGAGUUGUUCAAAACCUCUCAUUUAGUGGCAUAUGGUGCUGCAGUUGUAGCUGCCAAGUUGAAUGGGGAAGGCAACGAGAAGGCAACAAACAACAACAACAACAACAACCUGCUAGAUGAAUUCAUGGGAACCUCGUUGAAGAACAAUAACAAGCGCAAGCUGUCUAAGUAUCAACUAGAGACGAUGGUGAAAGAUGCAAAGAAGUACAAGAGGGAGGACGAAGAGUAUUGGAAGAAGGUUGAUGCAAGGAAUGCUUUGGAGCGGUUUGUCUACAACAUGAGGGAAACCACCAGAUGUGCAACCGGGAUUGAAGCAACCGACGAGAAGAAGAUAGGGGAGGCCUUCGAGUCCACUAUGAAAUGGUCGGAGUCAAACAAGCUUGCAGAGGUUGAUGCUUUCAAACAGAAGAUGGAGGAGCUCAAGAUGAUUUAUAAUCCCAUUGUUGCCAAGAUUUAA